AUGUUUGUGGCGAUGACUUGUCUAUGCGCGUCGAAGAUUCAUCUUUGCAAUGGUCAAGGCUCAAUGCAUGCGGAUCCGUUGUUGUGUUUUAAGGCGUUAAAAUUUGGGAAUACGUCAAAAACGUUCACAAUCUCACGAUGUACCAAAAGACACAAUUACGUAGUUAUAUGGAUUAAUGUUAUGCUGAAGAUGGAGCUUUUGUUUUUUUUACAGCGAUUUGACUCAUACUGUACCGAGGCGGAGGAUUCAGACAUAUUUUUCAAGUACACCGUGAUUGAAAGAGGCCAGAAAAAGGAAGCCACAUGUAUUGUUGCAAGAUGA